AUGAGAAGUCAAGGACCAAUUGCCAGAUUACCUGUUGACCCUGAGAUAGAAAAGACCUGUAGAAGAAACAGAAGGAGGAGAAAAUUGGAAAGAGCGGCACUAGAGAUUGAACAAGAAGAAGUCAUGGCUGACAACGCCAAUAAUGGUAACAAUGCAUACAACGGAGGAGGUGUAGAAGACCAGGCUAAUGGACAUAACAACAAUGACCGUAGCCUGAGGGACUACUUACUUCCUAACUUGACAGGGGCCCGAUCCUGCAUAAGGCCACCUGCUGUUGACGCAAACAACUUCGAAAUCAAGCCAGCCAUACUGCAGAUGGUUCAAUCUUCAGUCCAGUUUGGGGGACUGCCGUCAGAAGACCCAAACAUGCACCUCGCCAACUUCGAAGAAUUGUGCCAAACGUUCAAGAUGAACGGAGUUAGCGACGACGCCAUCAGACUAAGGUUGUUCCCAUUCUCACUAAGGGAACGAGCCAAAAGUUGGUUUAUUUCUUUACCAACCCAUUCUAUCAACACUUGGGAGGAAUUGGCCCUGAAAUUCCUAUCCAAGUUCUUUCCUCCUGCAAAGAUUGCCAAGUUGAGAGCUGAUAUCAAUAACUUCACCCAGCAGGACAGUGAAUCUCUUUAUGAAGCAUGGGAGAGGUUCAAGGACUUACUGAGAAAAUGCCCUAAUCAUGGGAUUGAGAAGUGGCUGCAAGUGCACAACUUUUACAAUGGGUUGAUGAAUGAAACCCGAACACUCAUAGAUGCUGCUGAUGGUGGAGCUUUCAUGAGGAAAAGUGCUAAUGAGGCUUUUGAACUACUUGAAGAGAUGGCCAUGACUAACCAACAAUGGUCAACAGAAAGAGGUCCAUCUAAAAAAGUUGCAGGUAUGCAUGAGGUGGAUGCUAUUACCAAGUUGACAGCUCAGGCAGAUGUGGAUGAUUUACCAAUGGAUGAAGCGAAAGCCAUUGGAAAUUACUCUCAAAACAACAACAACUAUGGGUUUAAUCAAGGAGGUAAUCGUAGAAAUAAUGGGUUCUAUCAACAGAGAAAUCAGAACCAGUCACAGAUGCAACCACAGACUCAAAACUAUAGUGGAAAUUCUGGUCUUCAAACAAAUUUACUAUUGCAAUUCAUGACAGAGACGAGAUCUUCCAUUAAAGACUUGCAAACUCAGAUGGGGCAACUAGCAACUCAGAUAGCAACUCGUCCUCAGGGAAACCUGCCGAGCACCACUGAAGUUAAUCCUAAGGAGAACUGUAAAGCAAUUACUCUGAGAAGUGGAAAGAGUUAUGAUGGCCCGAGCCAAGCCAAGCCAGAGAAUGAUGAAGAUGAACAACCAGCACCUACACCAGAAAAGCAAAAGACUACUGAUGGUCUUCAGCAAAAAGAAACUUCUCCCCCUAUUAGUAUUGACCAUCAUAUAAAGAUUCCCUAUCCUCAGAGGUUGCGCAAGACUAAUACAGACAAGCAGUUUAGUAAGUUCCUUGAAGUAUUCAGAAAGCUGCACAUCAACAUUCCUUUUGCAGAAGCCCUUGAACAAAUGCCAAGCUACGUCAAAUUCAUGAAGGAGAUUUUGUUAAAGAAAAGAAAGAUGGAAGACUUUGAGACAGUGGCCCUAAUAGAGGAGUGUAGUGCUAUUCUUCAAAAGAAACUCCCUCCUAAACUGAAAGAUCCUGGGAGUUUUACCAUACCAUGCACUAUUGGAAAGAUUGAGAAUAUUCAUGCAUUAUGUGAUUUGGGGGCUAGUAUCAACCUUAUGCCUUUGUCGGUAUUUAAGAGACUUCAACUAGGAGAAGCAAAACCUACAACUGUUACACUACAGCUAGCUGAUCGUUCUUUAGCCCAUCCAAGAGGAGUAAUCGAAGAUGUUCUUGUCAAGGUGGACAAAUUUAUAUUUCCCGCUGAUUUUAUAGUUCUUGACAUGGAAGAAGACAACAAUGUUCCUAUCAUCCUGGGGAGUCCCUUCUUGGCAACAGGGAAAGCACUAAUUGAUGUCCAGAAAGGAGAGUUAAAGUUGCGAUUGGUGGAGACAAAGACGCACAUUGAAGACCCUCUUAAUUUGACUUUGGUACAAGAGGAGGUGGUGGAAUAA